AUGGUCUCCCCAAGCGGAAUAUUAUAUGAUCAAAGAGAGAACAGGUGUUCUGAUGGCAUCCUGCUGUGUCUGCAUGUUGAGCAGGAGGAGGGUGCACAGCGCCAGGUGCUAGUCCUUGGCCUAGACGGAGCUGGGAAGAGCAGUAUGCUUCAGGGGUUGACAGACGGAGACAAGAGAGGGCACUGCCGUCCCACCAGGGGUUUCAACUUUAUGAGCCUCAGUGCCCCUGCCGGUCAGCUGGAUUUCCUAGAAAUUGGAGGGGCUGAGGAUUUGCGUAUGUACUGGGCAGAGUACCUGGGGAAGACUCAUGCCCUGGUGUACGUGGUUGACUCCUCUGAUAGACCACGUCUCCCACAGGCCAAGGCUGAGCUGCAUCGCCUCCUCAGACUGCACUCACAACUUCCUGUGGUGGUCCUGGGGAACAAACAGGACAAGCCAGGCGCAUUGAGUGUGUCAGAGCUCCAUGAGGCCCUGUCUCUGGGGGCGGUGGCUGACAAGAGGAGGCUGUUCCUACUGGCUGCCCAGCUAGGCUCAGAUGGCCUGAUUGUCUCCCGUAAUCUGCAGGUCUUCCAGGACUUGCUUCUACAGCUCGUCUGAUGCCCCAGGGCAGGAGUAGUGAAAAGUGGGUUGACCAGGCAUGUGGGAUGGGGAAAGUGGUCCAUUGAUGUGCCCGUGUGGUAAGGACCAGUGGCAAUUGGCCAUGACUGUGUGUGAAUACUUUUGAACUAGAGUAGAUCCUUCAGGGCCAUCUGGAAGGCAGGGAGCGAAAAUGGUUUGAUACAGUCAGGUCCAUAAUUAUUGGCACCCUUGAUAAAGAUGAGCACAAAAGACUGUAUAAAAUAAUAAAUACAUUAUAUUAAUAAAGUUGCUCAAAGAGAUUUUGUUUAACAAGUAAUAAAAAUAUAUAUUUUUUAGAUAGACAAAUUAUCGGCACCCCUGUUUUCAGUACCCUUGCGAGGAUAACGACACUGAGCCUCUUUAAAAAUACUUUAUGAUAACACAUUAGGAAGGAUCUUAGACCAUUCCUCCAUAUAGAAUCUUUCCAGAUCCUUGAUAUCCUUAGUUUGAGCUUAUGGACUGCCCUCUUCAAUUCAAAUAAUGCUUCCGUAUGCUUCCCUUUUUCAACGCCAAACCCAGCCGAUGUGCAUGGCCAAAGAGCUCCAUUUCAUGUCAUCUGAACAUAGCAUCGCCUGGAGUUUGAUAAACGGCAUUGGCAUUUGGAUUGGAACCGGCGCUAUGGUCAGAUCACAUGAAAAUAAAGCUUUUUGGCCACACAGACCAGAGGUAUGUUUGGCAUUUAAAAAAACAGAAGCAUAUGCAGAAAAGUACCUCAUACCGAGGUAAAAUAUGGUGGUGGAUUGUUGAUGUUAUGGGGCUAUUCUGCUUCCACUGGUCCUGGAGCCCUUGUAACACCAGUUAGCAUUGUCUCUCGAAACUACCUUUUAACUUCCUACAUACUGGACACAGAGACACAAAAAAUGCUAUCCAUGAGUUUGGAAAGUAGCGCUCACAAAAAAAAUUGCGUACAUACACUAUAUAUACAAAAGUAUGUGGACACCCCUUUAAAUUAGAGGAUUUGGCUAUAUCAGCCACACCCGUUCCUGACAGGUGUAUAAAAUGUUUUGUUAUUAUUAAUAAAAACAUAUGUAAGACAGUUGUACUGCAAAUAUAUAUAUAUAUAUAUUGUAGAGCACGGUUAGUACCAUGAAAUUGGCUUGUCCCUCAGCUCAGGAGUCAUGGUUUAGAGACAUUUUGAGUUUAAAAAUAUAUUUUUCUCCCUCUUUAAAUGACAUGAUACAACGGAAAGUAUUAUAGUUAUUUAGUGGACUACUUAAAUUAAAAUAUCAAAUAAAUAUUACAAAUAAUUUACAAGUAAUAGCUGUCCCUCAAUUUCAUGUCACUGGUGUUAAAAUGUAUAAAAAUCACAACUUUGAAAAAAUACAACAUCCUUGCCAAAUUCUUCCUGGAUCAAAGGUUCAUUGGAGACGGGACUGUUUUGAAAAGCACAUGGUGAGUGUAUACUCUUCAUACGUUAACAAUUUGAGGAUUAUCUUGGUGAUUUCAUGCAAGGACUGAAGAUGUGUCACUGGUGUUAUACAGUUUAUAGAAAGGGGAAAGGAAAUUGGAUUAAAAUUAAAAUUGCAUGAUUAAGUGAUUUAUUUACAAUUUAAGAAGUGUGGUUUGAGCAACAGUGGCCGCCAUCUUGUCUGCAGAUGUCUCUCUGGCGUUAUCACUGGUGUUACUGUUCUUGCUGGUAACACCAGGGACAUGACGAUAACGGCAGUUACAAUCAAUAACACCACAAUCUUUUUUCUCAAAAUAACGUUUUUUAAAAACUUCAACAAUUAUAUUUAAUAAAUACAAAAAUACCUUGCAUAUACGGUAAGAAAACCAAUAUGUAAUUCAGAUGAACUAACCCUUUAAGUAGACCUACACUAUUUGUCACGACACAAGAAUUGAUAUACUGUUUUAACAAGCUAUGUGAUUUUGUGGAUAGGCGUGAGAGUAGGAUUUCAUGUUUGUAUUAUGUUGCAUGCAUCUUACGCUGGAAAUCAAAUACAAUUACAGUGGGGCAAAAAAGUAUUUAGUCAGCCACCAAUUGUGCAAGU